AUGGGUGCUGCAGUGGCCUCGGAGGCUGCAGCGCCUGCGGCGACAGGGAGCACAGCAGCUGCAUCCAGCUCCCAGCGCGAGAGGUCAGAUGUGGCAGACUUGCAGAAGCAGCUUCUGCAGGAGCGAUCGCCUGGACUUCCGAGAAACAACUCCUGGAGUGGCACGGAGAACCGUGAGAGCAUGAGCCCAGAGUUGGCUGCCUCCCGCAGACUGCGAGAGCCGGGAGGAUUCCGGCGGGGGUUUCUGCAAGCGCAAGCCAUAAAUCAGGGCCUGCAAGCGGAGGAUCUGCCCCAAACGUGGAGUCAGCGAUUGAUUGACACACUGGCUGCAACCAACUUCCAGGUUGAAAGUCACGUUUACGGGCUGAAUCUCAGUGAUGACGAAGAUGCUCAGCCUAUUAGGCAUGGCGCAAGUAAUCUGAGCAUCGCCUUCUUGAUCUUCAAGGGCAACUGCGGCUGUGCCAUCCUGUACAUGCCUCGUGGCUGGAUGCAUGGAGGUCUUAUACUUGCCUCCAUCGUCGUGCCAUUAAUCGGCUUCGCUUCAAUCUGGUGUGCGCUCUUGCUGCUCAAGGUUCGCUUAACGACAGAGAGUCAUGCAGGUUACGGUGACUUGAUGAACAAUGCGCUCGGGCCAAAGGGCCGUGCUGCUUCCAACCUCUUCAUCGUCCUCUUGCAGCUGGGAAUCUGCUGCACCUACUUCAUCGUCGCCUCCAAGCUUCUGCAGACCACACUUCUCCCGAAGGCGCCCUUGGAGCUCCUGAUUGUCGGCAUGACCGUCUUUAUGGUGCCCUUGGUAGCCGUGCGAAAGGUGGCCUCCCUUUGGCCCCUAAGCUUGGCAGGGACGGCGCUGGUGAUUUUGGGGCUCCUCAUCGUUGGGACGCUGGAGGUCCAGGCAGUGGUGGAAGAGUCCCCGGAGCUCACGCUGAUGAACUGGAGCCAGCUGCUCGUCUGUGUUGGCCAGGCCUGCUUCAUGUUCGAGGGCAUCGGCCUCAUCUUGCCAACUUACGACGCCAGCAAGAAGCCCGAAGAUUUCCCGUGGAUCUAUGUCCUGGUCCAAACUGGAACACUUGCAGUCGUUUGCGCCAUUGGAGUGCUUGGUUACCUGGCAUUUGGCAGUGAUGUUUCGAAUCUCAUCCUGCUGAACUUCCCGCAGUCUAUUGCAGUGUUUCUUGUCCGCUUUGCAUUUAUGCUGCAAGUUUGGUGCUCCUUUCCGCUGCAGUUCCUGCCAGCAACUCGGCUAUUGGAAACCUUUUUCUUCACACCUGUAUCUGAUCCUCCAUUGAUGCGCAAAGCUGCGAAAACUGCUUUUCGGGCACUUGUCGUGGUGCUCCUUGCCGGAGUGGCUGUCCUGGGCGCGAGCAAGCUGGAUAACUUCGUAAGCCUCAUUGGCGCUCUUUGCGGUGUGCCGCUGGCUUUUGUUUUUCCUGCAGUUGCCCACUAUAUCCUUGUGAAGGAGUGUCUUUGGUCAGACGUCUUGCUGGUUGCUUUUGGAAUUGCACUGACUGUCGUGGUGACUGGCGUCAAUGUGGCUGCUUUCUUCUAG